AUGGAGGAGGAGACGGGGGAGGAGCAGAGUGAGGAGACGGGGGAGGAGCAGAAGGAGGAGACGGGGGAGGAGCAGAAGGAGGAGACGGGGGAGGAGCAGAAGGAGGAGACGGGGGAGGAGCAGAAGGAGGAGACGGGGGAGGAAAGGAGGAGACGGAGGGGGGGGGAAGAAGGAGGAGACGGAGGGGGGGGGAAGAAGGAGGAGACGGGGGAGGAGCAGAAGGAGGAGACGGGGGAGGAGCAGAAGGAGGAGACGGGGGAGGAGCAGAAGGAGGAGACGGGGGAGGAGCAGAAGGAGGAGACGGGGGAGGAGCAGAAGGAGGAGACGGGGGAGGAGCAGAAGGAGGAGACGGGGGAGGAGCAGAAGGAGGAGACGGGGGAGGAGCAGAAGGAGGAGACGGGGGAGGAGCAGAAGGAGGAGACGGGGGAGGAGCAGAAGGAGGAGACGGGGGAGGAGCAGAAGGAGGAGACGGGGGAGGAGCAGAAGGAGGAGACGGGGGAGGAGCAGAAGGAGGAGACGGGGGAGGAGCAGAAGGAGGAGACGGGGGAGGAGCAGAAGGAGGAGACGGGGGAGGAGCAGAAGGAGGAGACGGGGGAGGAGCAGAAGGAGGAGACGGGGGAGGAGCAGAAGGAGGAGACGGGGGAGGAGCAGAAGGAGGAGACGGGGGAGAAGCAGAAGGAGGAGACGGGGGAGGAGCAGAAGGAGGAGACGGGGGAAGAGCAGAAGGAGGAGACGGGGGAAGAGCAGAAGGAGGAGACGGGGGAAGAGCAGGAGGAGGAGACGGGGGAAGAGCAGAAGGAGGAGACGGGGGAAGAGCAGAAGGAGGAGACGGAGGAGCAGAAGGAGACAGAGAUGGAAUUUUGGUCACCUUGCAAGAUCAAUAUGAUGUUGGGAGCAGAAGUUUGUCUGUACAUUCAGAAGGAACUAGCAAGACAAUCAAAGUUUGUCGAAAGCUACACAGAGUUCAUGGGGAUGUAUGAAGAUUUAAGACAUAUGGUAAUAGUAAUCAUAACAGAUGCCAUUUCAUAUUACAUGCCACAUCAGAUAUCUUUAAAAAACUAG